UCCGGACACAAAACAAAUUAUAUUUUUGCUCAUCACACAAACAUUUUUUAAGGUUGGGGCUCAAACCCACGACCUCUCGUAAAACAGUGUUUGUCACUUACCAUUUAGACCAACAGGGCAGUCAAAGCCUCAAUUUUUUUUCUCAAACAUUGAACGUAAUUUUAGUCAAUUUUAGGAAAGAAUAUAAUUAAUGUGGCUAAUAUUGAACGAAAUUUUGAGUAAAACUCGUUUAUUUAUUAAUUAUCAAUUUCAUCCCAUGAUAAUCCUCUCUUCCUCAUUAAAAAAGUGUUGUAAGAUUGAUCACCUAUACUUAUUUUAAAAUUCGAUGUUUGUCUACUGGUAACUUGUAUCAAUUCUAUUUGGCUUAUCAGUUCUUAUCACGAAUGUGUACUUAAUUGUAGUCACAACAAACAUAGAAAUAAUCCUUAAAGAUAAACAGUCGUCAGUACUUUUGUCUAUAUUCUAUCUCAUUUGUACUUAUGUAAGGAGAGUGCCCGACAGGGUCCAUAAUUGUUUCUAAAUUUUAUUUUAUCUCUACCACCUGUAAUUGUAGGUACAUUACGGAUAGCAAUUAACGAUUUUGAUUUGAUUUGAAUAUUAAGUGUUUUUUGUAAUAGUAAAAAAAAAUAGGAUCAAGUUAUAUAAAAUACUUAUUGUAACUUUUAAGUAUUCUGAAGGAUAUGUCAUUUGGUCAAUGUACUUAUUCGAUUUAAUGUAGAACAAAAAAUAAAACGAUUUUCUAAGUUCCUUGGUUUCAUUAUCCUAAAAAUCCUCAUAUCCUGAAACACAUAAUACUUUGAAUUGGUAAAAGACAUCAGUUCCAAAUUGUGCUAAUGUUCCACAACUAUCACAUAGUCUCAAAUUAAGCAAGACUUGUUUUGUGAGCACUAGACAACUGACUGACCAGCAUACUUAUAUAUUUCUAAAUGAAUACACCCAGACGCAAAACAAAUGAUCGUUCUCAUUACAAAAAGAUUUUACCUACUUAGGUAUAGGGUUUAGGUAUUAGGUAUAGGUAGGGUAUAGAACCAACGAACUCCAGUCCAUAAUAUUGAAUCCAAAGUCACUAAGUUUCUUGGUUUGUCUUUAGUGUUAGUCUUGAUGCCCCAGAUCACUAUUACUUUUAUCAAUCAAGUAUUAAAGAUAUUAUAACCGUAUAUUUCUUGUAUUGAAUGGUUUGUGUUAGGCAGUUUUGAAUUUAGGACUUUUUAUUUCAAAUGUACAUAUAUUUUGUAAAAGCAAUAUAAUGAAGCUAAAUUGUCAUGCCUAGUGUAUUAAAAACACUAGAGUAAACAUAAAGUCACGAUGCUUUAUAAACAAUAUUUGGAUGGACUUAUUUCACAAGGAGCAACAUGUGUGAAGGUAGUCGGCUGUGCAGUUUUCAUGGUGUUGCCUUACUUUAGACGUCUUAAAUCUGAACGACGCAACCCUCAAGAAUUACGUAAAACUUCUUUCAAAAUUGACAGUCCUGUCAGUCUGUAUACAAAAUAUCUUGUCAGCUUUAACACAACAAUGAUAAAUUGCAGUAAAAUAUAAUUGAAAUGAUCCCGUUGUUAAUAGUCAUCACAAUUCUAAAGGCUAUGUGCAAUGCCGAAGACUAUUACUACCGUUCUCAAAACGUCACAAGAUCGACCCUCUCCGGGAUAGCGGCGUACAGGUCAGCAUUAACGCUGGACUGGAUGGCGGCCGAAGACUUGAGGCAACGGGAACUGGCGGCGGCUUUCGAAACCGAGCCUUCGGUACCAGUGAAGAGCCUCUCGACAGACUGUAUCGGGUACGCGAGACCUGCUUCAGGAAAAGUCGCUCGGUUGAUGCUGGAACUGCUAAAAAAUCUAGAAGGCGAUGAAGGUACCAUUGUGACAGAACUGAUCCAAUCUUUGAUUCGGGCCAAACUGUUGGUGGAAACCUCCAUGCUAGAUGCGGAGCCAGACCUGGACUCCCUCGUGAAGACUCCAGGGGUGAUGAUGGGGGAACCGCACACCACCUUCCCAAGGAUCCUCGCUAUGACGUGGAUGACCGUCACUGACCCUGUUACUACUAAAAAGUUUGGAUGGUGCCCAAUUACCAAGGUAAACAAAUACUUGGCAAUGAGCAAGCCGAUAAUGGUAGCGAAACAGAUGCGGCAGUUGGAGCCAGUCAUCGCUAGAGCCCGAUUCAUUAUGGAGGAGUUUAUACAACACGUCACGCCACUCAACAUGUACCAGAAGAAACAUUCAGAAGGCCUUGAGAAGCCAACUGAAGCGACAACAUAUUCUGAAGAACCAAGACUGGUGAGGACUUACAGACGCCCAUCACGGACCCCAGGCACUAUUCGUUCAGUCCACGUGGCCCUAGCGCAAUCAGGUACGCCGUUCCUAGAAGCCGACCCAUUACCGAACAUCAUCAACGCUGAUGACGCAAUCAUAGUCACGUCAAAUCGCGUCAAACGUCAGAAAUACCACCCCUACGUCCUGCUUGCAAGUCUUGUGCUCGUUUUGUAAUAAAUGUUUUGAUGUUUUCCGUUUUCUUUUUUUCCACUUGAUUUUUAGUCGGCUUCUAAUCUUACUCAAUGAGGAUGUAGUUUUAAAAGGAGGAUGAGGAUGAAUUUAUUUUGACUAAUAGGAGUGAAUCUCGAUUCAAAGCUGUUAAAAUGUAUGUAAUACAAGCAGGCACUGGUCCGACCAAGGAAAUUGACAAGUAACAGCCACAUAUUAUAAUACUGGAUGUACAAUAAUGUUUAUUUACAUGGUAACCAAACAAUGCUGCGAUUUGAAACACGUAAAUAGUAAAUAAGGAUAAAAAUAAUGUUUCCCUAUUUACAUUUAAAGCCAUAAUGCAAUUAGCUCCCACAAUAUUUAUGUAAAUUUAUUAUUGUUAAUACGUGAAUUUUUCCGCAAGGAUUACAAUGAAACAAAAAUAUAUCUAAAAUAUAAUUUAUUGAUUUUUCAUGUAAAAUUAACACUUAUUUACUAAUUGGGAUUGUAUCAUACACUCUUGAUCAUAAAUAACUAGACUCAUACAGCACCUGAUUUGUACGAGGAAA